CACCUGACCUGAGCCUUUGUAUCUGUGAGCCGCAGCAGCUGCUCUAUUAAACGCUCUGUCCAUGUCUGUUCUGUUCACAAAUGGCGCGACUUGAAGGCUCCGCACACUCAGCUGGAAUUUUCUGGUCUGACUGUGAGAUGUGACUUUCUAACCAUGGGGGAUUGGAACUUAUUAGGUGGCAUCCUAGAGGAAGUUCACUCCCACUCAACUAUAGUGGGAAAAAUCUGGCUGACUAUCCUCUUCAUCUUCCGGAUGUUGGUACUUGGUGUCGCUGCUGAGGAUGUCUGGGAUGAUGAACAGUCCUCCUUUGCCUGCAACACCCAGCAGCCGGGUUGCAACAAUAUCUGCUACGAUGAUGCUUUCCCCAUCUCCUUGAUCAGAUUCUGGGUUUUGCAGAUCAUCUUUGUGUCCUCCCCUUCUCUGGUGUACAUGGGCCAUGCACUUUAUAGACUCAGGGACUUUGAGAAGCAAAGGCAGAAGAAGAAGUCACACCUUAGAGCCCAGAUGGAGGACCCAGAGCUUGACUUGGAAGAGCAACAAAGGGUAGAGAGGGAGCUGAGGAGACUCGAGGAGCAGAGAAGGAUUCAUAAAGUCCCUCUGAGAGGAUGUCUGCUGCGUACUUACGUCUUACACAUCCUGACAAGAUCUUUGCUAGAAGUAGGGUUCAUGCUAGGCCAAUAUAUUCUCUAUGGGUUUCAAAUGCACCCCCUCUACAAAUGCACCCGACCCCCUUGCCCCAAUGCGGUGGACUGCUUUGUAUCCAGACCUACAGAGAAGACCAUUUUCAUGAUUUUUAUGUACAGCAUUGCUGCCCUCUCCUUGUUACUCAAUAUCCUUGAAAUAUUUCAUCUGGGCAUCAGGAAAAUCAUGAGGGCACUUGACGGCAAGUCUAGCAGUGGGAACACUGAGCAUUCAACCAACUACUCGGGGACCCAGCCCUGUAUGGUUUGCUCUUCUUUCCCCGAAAGAUUCUCCCUACUUUCAGCCAACAAUAAACAGCAGGUCAUCCGAGUCAAUAUACCAAGGUCUAAAAGCAUGUGGCAAAUUCAACACCCCAGGCAACAUGAUGUGGACGUUUCCUGUAGCAAAAGAGACUGGGCUGAAAAAGUUGCAAACAGUGGACAGCUCCACGUCCACAGCCCUUGUCCCCACGAUGGCAGUGCCAGAAUUCAGCACCCAGGACAGCAACCAUGUCAUUCUCUCUUUGGCUCAAAGAACGCAAGGUCUCAGUCCUGGGUAGGUACAAUGACAGCUUCUCCCCACUGUCCACCAUCUACAUUAGGAACCUGGGAGCGAUCCCAGGGCCCAGAGGCCUCAGGCAAACCUCUCGCCGAUCUUCAAAGUCACUUCCAAGGCAGCGAUGGCAGUGCGAGAGAGAGUGGGGUCUGGGUAGACAGACUCGGCCCAGGCAGUCGCAAGGCCAGCUUUCUGUCCAGGAUGCUGUCCGAAAAGGGACAACUGCACAGCGACUCAGGAAGCUCAAGGUCUCUGAAUAGCUCCUGCUUGGAUUUUCCACAAAGGGAAAACGGCCCUUCACCUCUCCCGUCAACUACUGGGCACAGAGCAUCCAUGAACAUGCUUCUAGAACUUUCAUCUAUUAUGAAAAAAUAAUUCACCGAGAGUCUUGCUGUCUACAGGAUGGAAGCUAUGCCUUGGCCAUCUCCAGCUGGAAGAACUCCGCACUGCUGGCCAGGGUGUUUGGUUCUGGAGUGUCUUCCCAGGCCCGCGUGUUAAAGGCUUGAUCUUGGAGACUGUGGAGCCUUUAAGAGGCCCUCGUGAGAACUCUUAGGUCACCAGAGAUGUGCCCUUGAAGGAAAUGUGGGAUUGCAGCCUUUUCCUUUCUCAUUAUCUAUCUAUCUAUCUAUCUAUCUAUCUAUCUAUCUAUCUAUCCAUUCAUUCAUUAUUUAUUUGUUCAUUCAUUCAUUCUUUAUUUAUAGACAGGAGCUAUCUUCUUAGCUCCGCUGUCCUGGAACUCUAAUGUAGACCGGUCUGUCCUCUAACUCAGAGAUCUGCCUGCUUCUCCCUUUCAAGUGCUGGGACUAAAGGCAUGGUUACCAUGUCUGGCUCCCUUCUCUUUUCUUUGGCAUUCUGGCUACAAGGUAAGUUUUGUCACGUGCUCCCUCCAAGACUUGCUGCCUCACCACAGCCCCCAAAGCAAUGAGUUCAACUGGCCACGGGCUGAAACCUCUAAACCUGCAAGCCAAAACAACCCUUUUUACUUUGUAAGUUAUUUAUCUUGGAUAUUUGUUAUAGUUGCAGCGAGUGCUGGGCGCACCUGGCAGGCAGGUUCACCUCUGCUGGAGCCCCUUCCUGGGGCUGGAGGCAGCCUCUUUCAGCUCAGCCUGCUCAUGGGGCUUGAGGUUGGUCUGAAGAUCCUCUAGGAAGGAGUGAUGAGAGACAAAGAUCUACAAACAACUGUGCACAGCUCCCGCCCUGAGGAUUAGAAUGCCCUCCCCCUUCCCCACUCCCAGAAGCCCAGUGAGACACCCAAUAUCUGCAGCAACAGACAGGGGUCCCUCUAACAUGGCUCCAGAGCAAGCUGGGUUUUAGGCAAGCCUGUAAGGCAUUUUCUUAAUUAGUGAUUCGUGUGGGAUGGCCCAGCCUGCGGUGGGUGGUGCCAUCCUUGGACUGGUGGUCCUAAAUUCUAUAAAAAAGCAGGCUGAGCAAGCCAUGAGGAGCAAGCCAGUGAGCAGCAUCCCUCCAUGGCCUCUGCAUCAGCUCCUGCUUCCAGGU